GACAGAGGAGAGCGGGGGAGACGCUCGCUUUCCCGAGCGGGGUGCGACCGUCGGUCCUCGCGUUGCGCUGGGCGUCCUGUCCCCACGCCCCUCCGCGGAGGGACUAUUUUCCCUCUGCCGCGGAAGGACUACUUCCCGCGGUGGUGUCGGGGACUGGCGGCGCGCACGGCAUGGCGGCGGCGGCGCGCGCCUGAGGAGAGGGGACGCUGGCCCGGUCAGGCCUCGGCGCGGCCUACACGCUUCGCUCGCCUGCUCCCCGCUCCCGCCCCGCGCCCGGCCAUGGCGGAGUCCUCGUCCGCCCGACGCCCGGUCCCCCUCAUCGAGUCGGAGCUGUACUUCCUCAUCGCCCGGUACCUAUCGGCGGGCCCGUGUCGGAGAGCGGCCCAGGUGCUGGUGCAGGAGCUGGAGCAGUACCAGCUGUUGCCGAAGAGGUUGGACUGGGAGGGUAACGAGCACAACAGGAGCUACGAGGAAUUGGUAUUGUCCAAUAAGCAUGUGGCUCCUGAUCAUCUGUUGCAAAUCUGCCAGCGCAUCGGUCCUAUGUUGGAUAAAGAAAUUCCACCCAGUAUUUCAAGAGUCACUUCUUUACUUGGUGCAGGAAGGCAGUCUUUGCUACGUACAGCAAAAGGUACCUUAAUUUGAAGAAGUGUUCUGCUUUGUAUUAAUAGCUUAAUAAUUAUUAUACUUGUGAAGUAAUGUAAGCAUUGUGGAAGAAAGGUGAUAUGUAACUAUAAUCAUGCUGUGGACUAUAAAAUUCUCUUCAUUUAGCAUAGAACAUUGAAUUUUAUUACGUAAGUGUUUAAUGGGUCCUUCUGCAUUUAAAAAAUUGAUAAAGAUAUAGAUGUUAAGCUAAAAAGCUUGAAUUUAUUCUGAGAUGUGUUUGAGGUUUUAUCAAUGUGAGUUCCUAAUUUUCCAUUUUGUAGCUCACUCAUAACUUCUUUGAAUGUAAUUGUAUGUGUCUAAUAAACUCUUUAAAUGCUAGAAGUAUUUCAUUUGAUACUUAGAUUCUGAAAGCCCUUUGUUAUAAAGGGAAGUGAUUUUCUAAAUUUUGGUAGCAGCUUGAAAACAAGCACCAAAAUGUAAAAUUGCAUGGUAUUUUUAUUCACUAAUUUUUUUUGCAAAGUUAUGUGCUAGCAAAAUGUUUGGAAUUGCUAUUUUCUGUUAGCUUGGUAUAAAUGGCUUAGACUAAGUAUAUGUAUGUGAUAUGAUCUAUGUAUACUUGUGGCUAAACUGCUAAUGGGCAAGAUUGUUGGUUUUUCUGAUCCUGAGCAUACGUCAAGUUCAUCCCAUGAUUAUUUUUUGUUAUGAGCUAUUGCUGAUGUGAUGCUACCUCUUAGAUGCACCACCAGUAUAAAGCUAAAUUGAGAAAGAACAACUCUCCCUUUUGGUCCAUGCCAGACUGGUUUGUCAGCUUUAGUUGUUUCUUAGUGCUCUACAGCCAUGCCACACUGGCUCUAAUCAGGAAACUAUUUAUAUUCUUCCUUCUUCUGUGUCCCUAUUCAUUUUGUAAUUCUAUUUUAGGUGGUUAUAUAGUAGUUACUUGGGUAGCCUGUUUUCUUUUGUUUUCUUGUGUCAAGCUCAGUGUUGUUGUUUUGUGAUCAGCACCGCUUUAGAACUGGCAGACCUUAGAAGAGAUUUCAGCAAGCUGCUCUAGGGUAGGGGCCAUUAUUUCUUUAUUCUGUACUAGUGCCACAAGAGGAUGCCUUGUAACUGCUUUUUGGUCAUGAUAGUGAUAAUGAAUCCAUUCAUGUAAAAUGCAAUAUGCCUGUUAGUUUGGGGCACCCGAGGCUCAGUAGAGGUUUAGUAUGAUGCCUUCCCUCCCUUCUCUUUCAGUUAUGAAGAAGCUAAUUCCUAGCACAGCACGACUGCCCAUAGCCUGUUUUCUGCUGAUAUCUCCUUGUAGAGGAGGGCAGACAGUUUUUUCUUAGUGC